AUGGACCAACAGAUUUCACCAACACCAUCCUUCAUAAUUCCUCUCACACUCAUUAUUUUCACUCUUGGAUUGACUUUUCAGUCUCGAAGCAUUCGGAUAUCCUUCUUCAUUGCUCUCCUUAGCACCUCAUACCUCACAAUCUUUCGCAGCAGCACCGGGAUUCCUCCUCUGAAUUAUGCCUACUCCACAGCAUUAGGCUGCUUGACUUUCCAAGCACUUGAUUUCCUUGUUCUCACCAACCCUCACUCGGAGCUACAUCUUGCAGGCGACGAGAAAAACAUAUCCGAACAACCUUUUUCGACGCGUUUUCUGUGGGCAUGGAAGCUUGUUUUAUCACCUCGAGGAAUCGGAUGGAGUCACGAACCGAAGGAUAUCCUUCCUCCACAUCCCAAAGCUCAGUCUCGGGUUUCAUUCAUUAUAUCCCAGUUCCUUUCGACCAUACCAUGGAUUUUCAUCGGUGACGCUGCCAAUCUUGCCUUGCGAAGCCAUCCAGGCUUUCAGUUAAACGGUCCAUCUAUUUCCAAUGUUGGUCCAUUUAUGCGCAUCCUGAACGUUUGGAUAUUCGCGCUCCCAGGUACCAUUCAUCAAAUGUGUGACUACUCGCUUCAACAUCGGGAUUUCUGGGCAGGCGGAAGCUUUACCUUCUUCCUAUCACAGGCUGUGAUGAUAAUUCUCGAGGACAGUGUUAUCGCAGCAGGGAAGAGGUUGGGCAUUCAAGCUGGAUCCUAUGUGCGCAUUCUUGGAUAUAUCUGGACUUUGGUCUGGUUCGCUAUCGCUCUUCCUAUUUGGUUAGACCCUUACUUCCAUGAUGGAAUGGCUACCAGCGAAGGGCUCAGUGUAAUUGGGGUAUUGUGGAAGAGGGACUGGACGGGGUCGUCCGUGAACCUUCCUCUUCCACUUAGUUAUUAG